AUAAAUUCUUGACUUUUAAAAGAAACCGGGUACCAAAAUAAUACUAAUUAUAAUAAGAGUCAGUCGCGUUCCCCCCAGCAUGACCCCAUACGAGGGAGGGAAGAGAUUAAUAUAUAUUUAUUAAUAAUCUCUUCAACAAACCCGACCUUUCCUUUUAAUGAAACGAAAAGGUCAGACUCAAAUUUGCAGACAAAUCUUUCUCCAUUAAAAGGGUUUGGCUUCACGAGAAAAUUUUGGGAGGGGUUUUUCACAAGAAAGUGUGAAGGGGAAAGUUCUGUUUCUGAUUACUCUUUAACUGCUGCACCGAUUGUUAUAAAGACAGGGAGAGAUCUAUCAGUGUUUGCAUCUUUUGUUUCCUCUUGUUACAUGUCCUUACUGUGUUUUCACCAUGAAUAAUUCUGGGUUAGCUGUUGAAGUCUCAAAGGAUAGAAAUGGAACUGAUCAGAUUCUUCUUCGGAAUCCUCGUGGGGCAUCUGCAAAGGUUAGCUUGCAUGGAGGACAGGUUCUUUCAUGGAGGACUGACCGAGGUGAAGAAUUGCUGUUCACAAGCAGCAAGGCAAUUUUCAAGCCACCAUAUGCUGUUCGAGGAGGAAUACCUAUAUGUUUCCCACAGUUUGGUCAGCGAGGAUCGCUCGAGCAACACGGAUUUGCCCGGAACAGGACUUGGAUCAUUGAUGAGAAUCCGCCACCAUUGCAUGCAAAUGAUGCCUGUGGCAAGGCCUAUAUCGAUUUACUGCUAAAGCCAUCGGAAGAUGAUUUGAAGAUCUGGCCACACAGUUUUGAGUUUCGUCUUCGGGUAAAUUUGACUGCGGAUGGAAAUCUUAGCUUGAUAUCACGUAUCCGGAAUAUCAAUUGCAAGCCUUUCAGUUUCUCAAUUGCUUAUCACACAUAUUUCUCCAUAUCUGAUAUCAGUGAAGUGAGGGUAGAGGGAUUGGAGACUCUUGACUAUCUUGACAACCUAUACCAAAGGGAGCGCUUCACUGAACAAGGAGACGCCUUAACAUUUGAAUCCGAGGUGGACAGAGUUUAUCUCGGUUCAAGAGAUGCCAUUGCAAUAUUCGACCACGAAAGAAAACGGACCUUUUUCAUAAAGAAAGAAGGCCUUCCAGAUGUUGGUGUUUGGAAUCCAUGGGAGAAGAAAUCUAAAGCCAUGGUUGAUUUUGGGGAUGAAGAAUACAAACAAAUGCUUUGUGUGAAUGGGGCAGCAGUUGAAAAACCAAUAACAUUGAAGCCAGGUGAGGAAUGGACUGGCCGUCUGGAGCUUUCGGUUGUCCCUUCAAGUUAAGGACAGCAAAUAAUACAAAAUAAAACCCCCUUCGUUCAACCAUUGAAUCUGUUUAUUUUGUAUUCAAUUAUUUAUGAUACUAAGGUAAAUAAUAAGAGAUUUGAUCACUCUCUGUGCCCCCCUAGUGAUCGUGGAACUGUAAAUUCCUGUAAGUUGGAGAUAUGUUUUAGUGUUUCUCCAUAAUAGCUGUGGCAUUAGUUGUUUUUUUUAACUACUAAACAUAUGUGUUAACGGUCAAUGUUGCAAAAAGAAAUGAUAAGAAUUUGUUUAGUC